ACAGUCCAUUCAGGCGGAAACUGGAAAGUGCAAUUCAGUCUAGUCUGGUUGACACAAAUAGCUCGCAAAAUUCAAGCGGAACGCCGAGCCCUCUGGUGGCCACCUCCUUCUCUACAACCCAGAAACCCUACACUUGUGGUGCCUGUGGCAUCCAGUUCCAGUUCUACAACAACCUCCUGGAGCACAUGCAGUCCCACGCUGCGGACAACGAGAACCACACCAAAGGGGACUCUCCCAAAACCUCCUCAGCCUCCGGUCCUCAAGAGCAGCUGUGGAGAGGUUCUCAGGCUCAGAGUCAGACUCAGACUCAGACUCAGACUCAGGCCCAGGCCCAGGCCCAUUCCUCAGUUAAACUACAAAUGCAGCCUCAAACUAUCUCCCAGAGAAACCACACUCUCAGCCAGAAUAAUGGACUACCUGAGAAGGAGCGACAGCAGGUGGCUGAGCGCCUCUUACGGGUAAUGUGUUCAGAUCUGAGCAUGCUAAAUGUGCUCAACAGCAAGGACUUCCUGAAGUUGGCACAGACCCUAGUGGAUACGGGUGCUCGUCAUGGUGCCUACUCCACCCGUGAUGCUUUUGGCAACAUGAGUGCCUUGGCACUGCGCCAGCUGCCCCGCAUGUACAACCAAGUCAAAGUCAAAGUCACGUGUGCUCUAGGCUCCAAUGCUUCGCUUGGCAUCGCUGUCACCUGCCACUCCCAGACAUCAGGCCCAGAUGCUUGCUAUGUUCUUACAGCCUACCAGGUGGAAGGCUCGAGACUGAAGCGUUAUGUGCUCGGCGUGAGGGAGGCUGAGCUGAGGGAAGGGCCUGAGCAGGUUCACCACUGGGUGCAGAAUGUGCUGUCUGAGUUUGUAAUGUCAGACAUUCGCACUGUGUAUGUCUCAGAGCCCAGAGUGUGGGGAGCAGGAUUUGCGGGAUCACCGCUUGGUGGCGGCGGACGUGGCAGGAUAUGCUUGCGAUGCGCGGGGUGUUCACUCGGUGCAGUCGUUCAGGCUGUUCUCGGGAAGCGCAGCCUCCAAGCUCGAGGUCUCCACGAGUUGGCUGAGCUUCUCUCAACAUGCCGAGAUAUCGCCUCUUCUUCCACACUGGCUCUUCGCGAGGACCAGUGCACCAACACAUCCACAAGCACAACUGAGGAAGGUACACAGAGCAGCCCUGCACAAUUCCCCACACCUCCUUGCUGGGAUCGUAUGGCUGAAGCUCUUCUGCAGGUCCAUGCCCACUUUGAACAGAUUUGUGAGGCCUAUGGACGCAGUAAGUCCACGGCUCCAAUCCUCCAAGGUCUCAACAAGCAUCUGCUAGGGACACUGGCUUGUUUGCUGGCACCUCUACGUCUGGCAGCUCUGGAGCUGAGCAGCCAGAGGAGACCAACCUUACAGCAGGUGCUGCCCGUCUACCUGCGCUUGGAGAAGUUUUUCACAUCCAAAGCUGGAGAGGCUGGAACCGGCACAGCUAGCAAACUCUGCCACUACUUUCUAGAAGCACUUAAGGAAAACUUUAAGGUUGAACGAGCCCACCAGGUAGCCAUGGUCCUGGACCCCCAGCUCAAGCUACGUUCAGUGCCAGCCUACCAGCAUGAAGACAUAAUCUCUCGUGCAUGCGAAAUGGCUGCUGAUAGCAGGGAUGGAAGCAUGACCGGUGGCGGAGGUUCAGGUGGCGAAGAGCGGGACACUGACGGCCCACCAACACCUAAAAUAAGCCGCGUAGAGGGAGGGGGAAACAAUGGAGGCACCUCAAGGGGGACCUCCUCAUCUUGCACAGUGGCUGGUAAUGAUGAGAGUCAGAGCCAAGUCAGACAAGAGAUUUUUCAAUACCUGGCUGAACCUCUUCUCCAAGGCACACCUGACCUCUUCCAGUACUGGAGCUCAGCAGUGGGUGACAAGUUCCCCAGGCUCGCUCGCCUGGCACUGUGGCUCCUCGCUGUGCCCGCUGUGGGCAUACGCAGCGAGUGUGUGACUGUGUGUGAGCAGAGCCUGGCUAUGAAGAGGAGGCAGCAGGUAACCGCUGAAGAGAUGAACAAACUCAUUUUCCUUCGCUCCAACAUGGGCUAGGAGAGAAACCCAACCAACCCUAACCAACCAAACCUUCACCUCCAACCAAUGACUUAAGACUAUUAUUUAUAUACUGUAGGUUUAGACCAACUGUAAACUUAAAUGUGUAUGGACAUUAAAUACUUCUCGAGACAGAUAUUUACAGGAAACUCACAUUGUACAGGUUGCGAACACCCAUAAAACAAUACGGCUUAUUACACAUUUUAUACGGAGAAAGGACUAUUGUAAAGUACUGUGGACGAAAUGUAGGGGUGGAACGGUAACACUCAAAAGAUUGUCCUGUUUGGUACGCCACCCUCGGUAUGGGAUGCACACGUAAGCAGGAUGAGUUUCAGUCAACAGGGCCAGUGAUUUUAAUUACUCCAGCCUAAUGACUAAACUGCUAAAAGGCUAUAAUGCUGUUAUUCUCACUGGAUGGCAACAUUUUCAGGUAAAGUCAGCUUUCACUGCUUGAAGCUACUGUCAUAGACCUCUGAAAACACAUAGCAGUAAGGACUGUAGCAUGUACAGUAUGUCGGAGAAUGAUCAUUUUCAUCGGUGUGUGACAAAAAACAUUCAAGUGGUGAAUCCUCACUGCCAUUGCACCUCUGACAAUUAGGUGUACUAGGAUUAUUAUUUAUUGUCACGUAUCACUAAAAAUUAUUAUAUUUUUCAUAUUCAUAUUCAGCCAUGGGAGAUGGUUAGGUUGAAUGAGAGCUAAAUCAUUGCAGCUGAUUUGACAGUUGCUUCAGUGGCCUAAAAAUGUAGCUGUGGAUCAUUUGCAUGGACUGGGCUGCAUGCAUUUUUCAUAUUUAAAUGGGUAAAAAGCAGCUGAUAAAACAUCAAUAAUGAUAUGAUGCUUUUCUUUUUGUUUAUGUAACGAAUUGUAAAAGAAAAUAAGUCAAAAUUAACUCGAGGUUAACCCUAACCCUUAUGCUGCUAGAUAUGCAAGUCAAAUGGCUAGAUUUGCACAGAACGGCCAGUGUCGCAAAGUUCAGUUGAAUAAAAUGCACAAAAAUGUACAUGCACAAAAAGGACAGCAUCAUAUUAGUGCCUGUUUGUGGUCGGCCAUUACACUGAUUUCAUUCAGCCUUACUUAUACAAAAGCUGGGUUGCACCAACAGGAAAUUAAAUAACAUGUUCAAUAAAUAAAUCCUUAUAUUAUCCUUUUAAUACCUACAACCCAGCUUAUAAUCAGUAACCACACAAUAAUGACAUCUAGAACCUUUUUUAGAGCCAUUUUGUCUGGCUUGAUGAUAGUUUCCAGUGCUGGUAAUUCAGGAAUGGCACAUCAGUCAGGUCUGUAAAAGAGACGCCUACAGUCAGCGAUAAGUCGCUCUCAGAUAGACAGCAGUAACGUUAUUAGCCAUCAGUUUGGUAAGCUCGUAGGCAAGGAUUUAAUUCAUAAUUGCAUAAAUCCUUGUGUGGUUGCCCAACUGGGUGUGUGUGUGCGUGGUGUGUUAUGUAUGUGUUUGCGUUUUUUUUUGGGUCUAAGCUUAAUUAGUUCGUCCAUAGAAAGUUAUUGUUUUAUUUAUUCUUUCCUCAUUUAUCAUUCUAAUAUAAGCAUUGUCUUCCUUAUAUAUACUACAAAUUUAAAUUUUUAAGGCAAUAAGCUUUAUCACAGGGCAUAGUUUCCAACUUUCUCUACUAAAAAUGACUGUUCUCAUGACGCUCCUACAGUUAAUUAUUAAUGGUAAAUUAUUUUCUGUUUGUGAAAUCAAUGGGAUUUUCUCAGGAAUGAGUGCACCCACGUAGGCACCAACACUUUUUUCCUCACUGUACCGAAAACACACCAAACUGUGACCUCAAUGCCGAGGUAUGUACUGAACCGUGACUUUUGUGAAACGUUCCACCCCCCCAAAUGCAGUUAGUGCCAUUUGCAACAAACGGAAAAAUAGAUCACUGAGGGUUUAUUUUUUUCAGGAUGAAGUGAAUUCUGCCAGUACAUUCACUAAAGUCAACACAUGCAUACUAAUGAAGUCAACUUAUUUAUUUUUUUAUGGAUUCUAAUAUACAUUUACUCAAGCUGAUACCUCCUAAAAUGACUUGGAUGAAUGGAAGUUAUACUGUAAAUGUGUUUGUUGCCUUUGGUACUAAUCAGUCAUGUACUAGUUUGUCAUCUCUGUUUUUGGGCCUUAAGUCUCUUUCAUGCGACCACCUUAAACCCUACAGUCAGAGCCAACAUCAUGCCUUUUUUAUCGCUGUUAAAUGGCCUUCUUUUCACCAUCUUUCUAAAGCUUAUAGUCUUUUAUUUUUCUUCUCACUCAUGUAGACUCUAAGGGACUUAUGGCUGAUGGUUGGAAACAGUGUCCUCUAGUGGUCAAAUGUGGACUUCUUAAAAUCAUGGACAACUGUGGUGUUACACAAGUGCUUUAUUCCAAAGUUCCCAAGUUUUAAAAAAGAAAAUUGAACACUUUUUGGAGUAAUCUCUUGGUUUAUAAAACAAGUCAGGAAUUAUUUCAACAAUAACACACCCAAGCACAAGUAUCUAUCUAUCACUGUAUAAACCUAUACUGAAAAGACUCCGUAGUAGAUUAAAAAUCACAUUUGCAGGUCUUCAUUAGGGGUCGCACCAGAGCAGGAAGACAUAUCAGUACUGAUUUUUAUGGUAUGAAACUUCCAUUUGGGUUUUGUUUU